AUGCAACGCUUCGUUCGGUUUUUAGCCUUAUUUUUAGUGCUACUCAAUGGGAUGACGGCACACUUUGUGCCGGUAACGAAUCUGCCGGCCGAACAAGGGACACUUUUGCGAAAACACUUUCUGGCCCUAACCGAUCCUCGUCUGCCCGCCGCAGUCACCGAAGCCACAUUACAGAAAAAGGAGGAGGAGUUUACGAUGGAUGUCAGUUCCCUCGAACUGAGCAAUCUCUACGAUAUUCUGGGCUCAAUUACGGGCAGCACGAAAGGAACGCCCUACGACCUGAUAAUGCCAAAGGAGGAUGUGAGGGAGCUGCUGGCCAGUCUGCUCAAACGCAUUCAGCAGCAAAGCAAGGGCAAACUUAAAGAAACCACCACCCGCUUCGCGGUCGCCCGAAAUGCCGAAGGGACCCAGUGGAUGGCGUGGAUACGCUACGAUUUCGACAUUGUCGUAACUCCGGCUUCCGGCACCUGGCCUUUGCCAAAUCAUGUCGCAAAAGCGGCCACCGUGAGAGUCGGAAUGCAGUACUACGCUUAUCAAGGGUUCGAAAUGCUGAAAGAGAGUCAUCAAUUCUUGGAAGAUCAGCUGAGGCUUCAGAAGAUCGAGCUU